GGUGCUCAUGCUGGACGCCAUCCCGGCCAUGCUGAGCUGCGAGGACCGGCCGGUGCUCCAGGCCACCUUCCUGAGCAACAACUGCUUCGAGCACAUCAUCCGCCUGCUCCAGAACAGCACGCUCUACCUCGGCAGCUCACAGGAGGCGGGCGAAUCCCGGGACGAGGUUCCCACACGGAGCAGGGAUGGCCUGCAGCAGGGCGGUGCCGGCGGCUCCGACGCCAUCGCGGUCCACGCCCUCGGCGUGCUCACGGCCAUCAUGAGCAACUCGCCCUCGGCCAAGGAGGUGUUCAAGGAGCGCAUCGGCUACACCCACCUCUACGAAGUGCUGAGGAGCCAAGGGCAGCCCACCCAACGCCUGCUCCAGGAGCUCCUCAACAUGGCAGUGGAGGGCGACCACAGCUCCUUCCCGGUGCGUCCCAUCCGCAACGAGCAGCCCCUGCUGAUCCUGCUGGCCUGGCUGCCGGCACUGGAGUGCCGGGAUCUCCAGGUCUUCCUGUCGGGGUGGCUGCGGCGGCUCUGCGAGGCCUCCCUGCCCAGCCGCCUCACGUGCGUCAAGGCCGGCAUGGUGGGCUCCCUGCUGGGCGCCCUGGGCACCGAGCCGGCGCUGCCCACUGCCUGCUCCCAGAACCUGCUGGAGCUGCUCCGGGCGCUGGGCAGCCUGUCCAUCCGGCCCGGGGAGCUGCGGCAGCUGCUGCGGCUGCUGCGGCACGAGCGGGGCCGGGGGCCUCAUCCCUACGUGUGUCCCGUCAUCCGGGCGCUCUCGGGCAUGGCCAGGGCGGAGGGGCCCCCCCGGGCGCUGCAGAGCUUCGACCUGAGCCCGGGCAUGGCCGGGAUCAUGGUGCCCACCAUCCAGAAGUGGCCCGGAGGGGCCUUCGCCUUCCACGCCUGGGUGUGCCUGAGUGAGGAGGAGCCGGAGCCGCCGGCGAGGCCGAAGAGGAGGCAACUCUACAGCUUCUUCACGGCCGGGGGGACGGGCUUCGAGGCGUUCUUCACCGCCGGCGGCGUGCUGGUGGUGGCCGUCUGCACCAAGAAGGACUACAUGACCGUGGCCUUGCCGGAGUUUGCCUUCAACGACUCGGCUUGGCACUGCGUGGACAUCGUGCACGUCGCCGGGCGCCGGCCCUUCGGCCAGAACGUCGUCAGCGUCUACGCCGACGGGCACCUGCGGAAGACGGCGCAGCUCCGCUUCCCCUCCCUCCACGAGUCCUUCACCUCCUGCUGCAUCGGCUCCGCGGGGCACCGGACCACCACCACGGCUGCCACGGCCACCAGCCACCCGCCGGCACCCCACGGCCCGGAGCUGGUCUUCCCCUCACACCCUGUGCUGGGACGCUCCCAGUCUGUCCCUGCCACCCUCGGCCCCCACUCUUGGACCCCCACUCAGCUGCCCACGGAGGGGGUGGUGGCCACCACGGCGGCCGGGAGCCAGGACAUGGAGUGGGGCAGCCCCACCUCCCUGGAGGGUCACCUGGGCUCCGUGGCCAUCUUCUGUGAGGCUCUGCAGCAGGCCCAGGUCAAGGCUCUGUUCUGUGCAGGCCCGAAUGUCAUGUCACCAUUUACACUGGAAGGGGACCUGGUGGAGCUGAGCAGCAAACUGCUGCUGUACUACACCCCCCAGGCCUGCAGGAACAACAUCUGCCUGGACCUCUCUCCCAGCCACGGCCUGGACGGGAGGCUGACGGGGCACAAGGUGGUCAACUGGGACGUUAAGGACGUGGUCAACUGCGUGGGUGGGAUGGGAGUGCUCCUGCCCCUGCUCGAGCAAGUGGUGUCCAAGAAGGAGGAGCCCGAGGACGAGGAGGAGACCAAUGACUUGGUGGGGCCAGAGCUGACGUCCUCCAGGAACGCCCAGGGCAUGCUCAUCCCACUGGGAAAGUCCUCAGAGAACAGGCUGGAGAGGAACAGCGUGGCCGCCUUCCUGCUGCUGGUGAAGAACUUCAUCCAGCACCACCCCGUGAACCAGGAGAGCCUGGUGCAGUGCCACGGGCCGGCCAUCAUCGGGGCACUGCUGCAGAAGGUCUCCGGCGCUCUGCUGGACAUGAGCACGCUGGUGGCCUCGCAGAUCCUCAUGGAGCAGGUGGCCUCCGAGGGCAGUGGGCUCCUGCUGCACCUCCUGUACCAGCAUCUCCUCUUCGACUUCCGCAUCUGGAGCAACAGCGACUUCGCCGUGCGCUUAGGCCACAUCCAGUACCUGGCCAACGUGGUCAAGGACCACAAGCAGCGCAUCCGUAAGAAGUACGGGGUGCAGUAUGUCCUCGACUCCAUCCGGACCUACUACGGCACCUCCAGGGAGAAGACCAUGGCCACUGAUGACAUCAAGACAGUGCAGACAUCCCUCUUCAGCCUGGUGAAGGAUUUCUUCUGCCGGAGCUUCUCCGGGGAGGAGAUGCAGAGCUUGCUGAGCUACCUGGCUGGGGCCCAGGACGAGCAGCAGGUGUGUGGGGCGCUGGAGGUGAUCCACAGCCUGCUGAAGGGCUCACCUGCCCAGGAGCAGCUCUUCGCCUUCCUCUUCGAGCCGGGCCAGGUGGAGGUUCUCUUCUCACUGCUGGUGCAGAAGAAGUUCUCGGAUGAAGUGCGGGAGAGGGUCUUCAAGAUCCUCUACAAGAUGCUGAAGUACGAGAAGGUCCCUGAGCGCAGCAAGAACCGCCUGAAGCUGAAGGACAUCGGGUACCAUGGGCUCAUCUCCUACCUCAGUGACGUCCCCAGCUCCAUGCUGCUCUUCCGCUGCCUCUCCGAGCAGGUCCUCGGGGCAGACCCUCCCAACUACAAGGACCUGGUGGCCGUGGUUUACCUGUCCCACCGGGCUGACCUGACCGUCCGGCUUGACCUCUGCCGCAAGCUCUUCCACCUGAUCUAUGCUCAGCAGGACCUGGUGAGGCAGCUGGCCAGGCUGGCUGGCUGGCAGGACACCCUCACCAAGCUCUACGUCCGGGAGUCGUACGAGUCCCGCCAGCACAGCCUGAGCACCAGCGGGGGCUGCCCGGAGCUGCUCCGCCUCUCCGACCCCCCCGGCAAGGAGGGCACGAGCCCACCGCCGGCCGAGCUCCAGGAGCUGGAUGUCUUCCUCCCACUGGGAUACGAGGCCUCGGACCAGGAGCUCUCCGAGGGCUUCUCUGACCACUCCAUCUCCCCGAGCGGCCGCAUCAAGUCCUUCCACUCCUACAACUUCAAGUCUUUCGACUCCUCCGACCGGGCCAGUCGCUCGUCCUCCAACCCCGGCGACGGCCCCCCCUUCGACGGCGUCUACCACCCGCUGUCGCCCUUCUCCACCUCCCCCUUCGACCUGGGGCUCGACCUGGCCAGCACCAGCUCCGUGGCCACGGCCGAGAGCGGUGCCCAGACCCCUGGCAGCGGCCCCGGCACCCCGUCCCCCCUGGAGAGCUUCAAGCCCUUCCCGGGAAUGCGGGCGCGCAAGAGCUCCAGCCUGUCCAACGUCCUGGACGAGAGCAGCUACCAGGACGUGCUGCCCAGCGACAACGUCUCCAACACCAGCAACCCCCAGCAAACCCCCGAGGAGGAGCUGUGCAACCUCCUGACCAACAUCAUCUUCUCAGUGACGUGGCGCGGGGUGGAGGGCUGGGACGACGCGGCCUGGCGGGAGCGGGGCCAGGUCUUCUCGGUGCUCACCAAGCUGGGCUCGGCCUGCGAGCUGGUGCGGCCCCCGGACGAGAUCAAGCGCAGCCUCCUGGAGAUGAUGCUGGAGUCGGCGCUGACCGACCUGAAGGAGUCGGGGCCGGGGGCCCUGCCCGGCCUCACCCACAACGCCCUCAAGCUGCUCCGGCUGCUCCAGGACUUCCUCUUCUCCGAGGGGCACAACAACCAGGCCCUGUGGAGCGAGAAGAUCUACGAGGGGGUGAACAGCCUGCUGGACAAGCUGGGCGUGUGGUACCACCUGGCCAAUGGCACCUCCGACCUCAGGGAGAUGGCCCAGGCGGGGCUGCGAGUCCUCGUGGGCUACAUCCUGCUGCAGGACCCCCAGCUGCACUCCCUGGCCUACGUGAAGCUGCACAGCCUCCUGCAGACGUCCUCAGCUCCCAGGAAGGACGAGGCCUGUUACCUCCUGGGGAAGCUGGAGACCCCCCUGCGGCGCUCGCUGGAGGCCAAGUCGGAGACGUUCUCCUGGCUGGUGCCCAUCAUCCGCACGCUCAUGGACCAGUGCUACGAGACCCUGCAGCUGCAGCUCUUCCUGCCCUCCCUGCCCCCCACCAACGGCAGCCCCACCUUCUACGAGGACUUCCAGCUCUUCUGCACCACCCCGGAGUGGAGGGGCUUCAUCGAGAAGCACGUGCAGCCCACCAUGGCCCAGUUUGAGAUGGACACCUUUGCCAGGAGCCACGACCACAUGUCCAACUUCUGGAACGCCUGUUACGAUGCCAUGAUGAGCAGCGCCCAGCGGCGGGAGCAGGAGAAGGCGGCCAGCCGCAAGAUGUUCCAGGAGCUGGUGCUGGAGCCGGUGGCCAAGCGCUCCAAGGCAGAGAACGCCCGGCACAGCAACGUCCUCAAGCAGGCCAACAACCACCAGAGCACGGUGCUGAAGCAGUGGAGGUCCCUGUGCCGCCUGCUCACCUCGCCCCGCUCCGCCUGGGCCGACCGGAACCCGCCGGAGGUUCGCUGGAAGCUGUCGAGCGCCGAGACCUACUCGAGGAUGAGGCUGAAGCUGGUGCCCAACCUCAAUUUCGACCAGCACUUGGAGGCCAGCGCCCUGCGGGACAACCUGGGAGCCGAGCACCUCCAAACCCCCGCCGAGCCCCUCCCGCUCGCCAUGGCCAAGGAGGCCAAGGUGAGCGAGCUGGAGGACGACCAGCUGGCCGAGGAGGACCUGCCCGUGCUGGACACGCAGGCCGAGCCCAAGGAGCAGAGCCAG